ACUGUGCUCAGUGGCUGCUGCUCUCUCUGGGGCUGGCUGGCGGUGGCGAUCUCUCGCUCACUAAAUUGGGAACCAGCUAGCAAAUACGGAUUAUUAACUAGAUAAGAGUAGAGCACCUAUUGCGUGUCCGCGUAGAAAGUUUUAGGAGCCGUGGAUUUGGCCAGGUUUUCACGUUUCUCUCGAAUGCUAACAGCCUCUGGAGUCCUUUUUAUAAAACGAGUUCAUCAGCAAGAGAAAUAGAAAAAGUAAAGGCAGCAGAGCAACACACAUUAACACAAUGGGACAUAUAUUGCUGUUAUUGAUGCUUUCCAUUCCCAUAUUAUGUCUGACUGAUGGAGCCGAAACAGAACAAGAUUUCACCUGGCACUUGAAGAAGGUACCCCAGAUUGUGAGCGAACGGACUUUCUCCCUUGACAGCCCUAAAUUUGAGGCAAAAGCCAAAUUAGAACUGAGUAAUGUGUGUGGAAUUGAAUGCCAAAGGAGACUCCCAGGGCCAAGCUUGUCUGACCUGAAGGAGUUUCUGUCCUAUGAGACUGUUUUUGAGAAUGGCACACGGACCCUGACUCACGUGAAUGUUCUAGGGCUAGCAGUUGGCGCAGCCAAGAACACCACCACAAGAACAUCCUCAAGAAGAAAGAGGCAGAUAUAUGGCACAGACAGCAGAUUCAGCAUCUCUGACAAGCGGUUCAUGACCAACUUCCCUUUUAGCACUGCUGUGAAGAUUUCCACAGGCUGCAGUGGCAUUCUUAUUUCUCCCAAGCACGUUCUAACAGCCGCUCACUGUAUUCAUAAUGGCAAGGAUUACAUCAAGGGCAGCAAAAAGCUGAGGGUGGGAUUGCUGAAGAUGAGAUCUAGAGGUGAGGGCAAGAAACGCAGAGGUGCUCAAAGGGGUAAGAGAAAUGUUUCUGUGGCAAGAGAUCACAGUGAGCGUACCUCAGAAUUGAAGCAGAGAUCCAAAGGUCGUGGCAGAAAACAAAAGGCAACAGGGAGGAGUCAGAAAACCUCUGAUAGUAAACCUUCCUUCCAGUGGACCAGAGUAAAGAGUACCCAGAUCCCAAAAGGCUGGUUUGAAGGCGUAACUGGGGAUGUUUCCCUGGAUUAUGAUUAUGCUGUUCUUGAGCUCAAGCGCCCUCACAAAAAGAAAUAUAUGGAGCUGGGAAUCAGCCCAACAAUCAGAAAGAUGCCUGGUAGCAUGAUCCACUUCUCAGGUUUUGAUGAUGAUCGAUCUGGACAGUUGGUCUAUCGAUUUUGUAGUGUGUCUGAUGAAUCCAGUGAUCUCUUCUACCAGUACUGUGAUGCUGAGCCUGGGUCUAUUGGCUCUGGAGUCUAUCUCCGCCUUAAAGAGCCAAACAAGAAGAAAUGGAAACGCAAGAUCAUUGCUAUUUAUUCAGGUCAUCAGUGGGUGGAUGUCAAUGGUGUGCAGCAAGAUUAUAAUGUAGCAGUACGAAUUACUCCUCUCAAGUAUGCCCAGAUUUGUUUCUGGAUACAUGGGAAUGAUGAGAAUUGUACACAAGGCUGAUAAAAGCUAAAAUUAGAUCAUCUAGCACCUACAAUAAAGUAAAAACUUGCCCUAAUAGUUAUUGGAAGAGCAUUGCCCCGUAUCAGGAAUUAUUUGAACUUGAAGCCUGCAAAUAUUUUGAUGUAUUGAGUAUGGCUACUCUUAGAGGGUUAGAAUUUUCAAAUUAGUUUUUUACUUAUAUAAUAAUCAACACAUGACAUGCACUUAUAAUCCAAAACUAUAUUUAUGUUUAAAAUUCUGAUAAAUUUGAAUUGUUCUCAUUAGAAAAAUUGUGACUUCACUUGUUUAAUUUUUUUAAAGGGAAGUAUUGAAACUUCUCAAACUGAUACUAUUAAACAAUGUGUUUUUUUUAAAAAAAAUACAUUUGUCUUGAUUUUCUCAGGGUUCUGCUCCAACAAACAUCUUCUAGUAUACAAGUUGCACAUCUCUUAUAUAAUAGCACAUUCAGAGUGAUACAAAUUGUGAAACAUUGGGGUAAGACCAAACUAAUUAAGGUUAGUUUACUCUAAAGAGAGUAUGUGCACUCUGAGGGCACGUCUACCCUUACCGUGGAUCAAUGCUGCAGUGAUUGAUCCACCAGGGGUUGAUUUAGUGGGUCUAGUGAAGGCCCGCUAAAUCGACCACAGAUUGCUCUCUCAUCGAUGAUGGCACUCCACCGGGACAAGAAGCAUAAGGUAAGUCGAUGGGAGAAACUCUUCCUUGGACCCAGUGUGGUGUAGACACCACAGUAAGUUGACCUAAGCUACGUUGACUCCAGCUGUGUUAUUCACAUAGCUGGAGUUGCGUAACUUAGGUCGACUUAACCCUGUAGUGCAGACCUGCCCUGAGAGGCAACUAUCUAGUUCAUACUGGCUAGCUUGGAAAUUUUUUUUGCAUACCUUAUAAACUUUUCCAUGGAAAUUCUAAAUUGCUGUAGCUGAUGAGUCCUAAAAACAAUGAUUUUCAUUUCAUUGCAUGCUAAAAUAGCAAAGAAUCUAAUGAAUGUAGCAGUUCUGUUUGAAAUAAGGAAGAACCAUAUGAGUUUAAUUUAAUGCCCUUAAGUCUAGUUUGAGAAGGUAUGCAAAGCUGGGGAAUCUUAAACAUGUGCAUUUUAAUAUUUGGAGACAAGUAGGUUUAAUGUAUAAUAAAAUAUUCAACCUUUCUGCUAGGUGAAGUAUUCUGUAGUGGUCGUUGCCAGGAACUGGCUAUUUGACAACAGUUUAAAGCUUCAAUAAAUAAAUAAAUAAAUAAAUUUGGGUGCUAAACAUUUAACAGCUUUUGUAACUACUUUUAUAAGAGCUCAGCUGUCAUAGACAGGCUACAGUCUAUCCAGAGCCGACGAGAGUGGGGGAAACCGGUACAAAUUACCGGGGCCCGGUGGUCCAGAAGGGGGCUCGGCCUCUCCCCCUCUCGUCGGCCCUGUUUAGCCGGUGCACCCUUGCUGGGGGGCCCGAAAAUUUUUUUUCACUGGGGCCCAAACCCGCUCUUGGUGGCCUUGAGUCUAUCAGACUGGGAAUUGGAAAGCAAUGUUCUUUUUCAUACAAUUCUAGAAGUGGGAUAGUUCUAAUCCCAUCAUAUUCAGACCUCAUCAACAUGAGUUACAGGGAGAGAAAAUAAUCCUCCCAUGCUAAAUCAUAUUAUGCCACCUAAUGAAAUGGUAGGUGAGCUAUCCUGUAAAUGCAAUAGAUACCUUAUUAGGUAGCAAUAAUGCUAUUCAGAUAAUUUGGCUCUUUUCUGCUACUGAACCACACAAUUAAUACAGAGGGUAUUUCUAUAAAGUGAGCCUGAUUGUUUAACAUUUGUAUACAAGCAUCACUAAUUUUUUUGUCAUCAGUUGUGCUCAAUUGCUUCACAUAUAAUCUAAUCUUGUGCAUUUCAAAGUCUUAGUUUAACAAACAAAACUGUCAGGAUGUUAAUUUAAUCUAAUAAUGUAAAAUUUAAAUGCAUAUUUCUGGCUAUAUGCAUUUGUUUAUUACUGUUAAAGUUAUUCAAUAUUUCAGUAUUUAAUUUGCUUUGAUGAUUAGUUUGCAUCAACCAAAAUUUAUUUUCUUUACCAGUCUAGAAGAAAAUAAACAAGAUAUUUUUGCUUGCUCUAUCUUUAAAAUUACAUGUAAUGCUUCACAUUUAUACUUGAUAUGUUUUGAUGAAGUAGGUUUUUUAAAUCAUCUUGUAUAUAAUUGAAAACACAAUCUGGUACUUUUGAUUUGCAGGUGACUACCAUUGUAUUUCCAAAGCAUGAACAUUUGAGGUUUAUUAGAUUAGAUUAUGGCAUAGAUAGUACAUUUAUAAAGUUUGUGGAUGAUACAAAGCUGGGAGGGGUUGCAAGUAGGAUAGGAUUAAAAUUCAAAAUGAUCUGGACAAACUGGAGAAAUGGUCUGAAGUAAAUAGGAGGAAAUUCAAUAGGACAAACACAAAGUACUCCACUUAGGAAGGAACAAUCAGUUGCACACAUACAAAAUGGAAAUGACUGUCUAAGAAGGAGUACGGCAGAAAGGGAUCUCUGGGUUAUAGUGGAUCACAAGCUAAAGAUGAGUCAAAAGUAUAACACUGGGCAAAAAAAAGCAAACAGCAUUCUGGGACGUAUCAGCAGGAGUGUUGUAAGCAAGACACGAGAAGUAAUUCUUCUGCU